AUGGUUGAUGAUGUACGGGGAGACGGCAAGCGGAAGUUGGAAGAUUACGGCGGACUGUACAUGGAGCACGCACAGACGAACAGACCGCUCGGGGACUCGCAAGUGCAAGAAGGAGCCUUUAAGAAAAUAAAAUCCGAGCAGUCUCCGGGGUCCGCCUCAUCGCUAAACACCGGAAGUUCUGGCGGCGGACCGGCAUCCCACAACCCGAGUUCGUGUCCGACCCCCGCGAGGCGGCGGCACCGGACGACGUUCACCCAGGAGCAGCUGCAGGAACUAGAGGCGGCGUUCGCCAAGAGCCACUACCCGGACAUCUACUGCCGAGAGGAGCUUGCCAGGAUCACCAAACUGAACGAGGCUCGCAUACAGGUGUGGUUCCAGAACCGGCGCGCCAAGUACCGGAAGCAGGAAAAACAACUGGCCAAGUCCCUGUCCCCCGUCAUCCCCUCGUGUAACAGCAUGAUGCGCAACAUUUACCCCUCAAACUCCCGCCCUUACGGCACGUACCCGAGCCCCGGGGGUAUGAACAACAUGUCCCGCUACCCCCAGAUGAAUACGUCGUACUCGCCCGUGGGUCAGUUCCCCAGCAUGAACACGAUGCAGUCCAACAUGGCCGCCUCCAUGCCCCGCCAGAUACAACAGUUCCCUGGGAUGACCUCGGAUUACAACCUAGAAGUUCACGAAGACGACUGGUACAACAAAAGUUUGACGGCCCUGCGCAUGAACAAUUCACAUCCGGGGCUUAGCAAUCCUAUGCUACAGUACCAAGUUUAA